UCUCCACCUUCCCCCCCCCCCCCCUCCCCCCCUCCCUCUCCACACCUCUCUCUCUCUCUCUCUCUCUCUCUCUCUCUCUCUCUCUCUCUCUCUAAAAUAUCCCCAAAUCGUAAACAUCAAACCCACCGACACCCUCCGUCGCCGAGGCAAACAGCUCGAGGCCUUGAAUUCAACGCACCAAUGGCCAGUGACAGGUUUAAUAUCAAUUCCCAGCUUGAGCAUCUACAAACUAAAUAUGUUGGAACUGGGCAUGCAGACUUGCAUAGAUUUGAAUGGGCUGUGAACAUCCAGCGGGACAGCUAUGCUUCAUAUGUUGGACACUAUCCUAUGCUAGCCUAUUUUGCCGUUGCAGAAAAUGAAUCUAUUGGAAGAGAACGCUACAAUUUUAUGCAGAAAAUGCUUUUGCCAUGCGGUCCUCCCCCUGAAAGAGAAGACGAUUAGGAGAUGUCUUCAAAUGGUGUAAAAACCUUACAAAUUCCGUGUUUACAGGCCGGGGGGUGCUUUGUUCACGACACUUUGGGAUGUCAUUUUUUUCCCCUCACUUCUAUGUUUGUAAUGUUUAACUCGAGAAUUGAGAUCCACUUGACCUGUUUGUGUUUGCUUGAAGAUGUUAUGCAGAGAAUUUUUCUAGGCUAA